UUAUUGCCCACUGUGUGUGUGACAUACAUCAAGGCAGACAUGCAGUCGAGCGCUUUCAAAUACUACUAUUUAUUUAUGUCCGUGUAGUGUGUAAAUGUGUAGAAAAUCACCUUCGAAUUGUAACGUCGAGUACGCCGUCUCCAAAAAUUGAUCCUUAUUGGAAAACUGAGCCGAUUUUCAAAACCUAAUCGCGAUGAAGUCUCCGAAAGCGAUAAAUUUUUGGAAAUUUUUGGAUGUUUUCGAGUGACGCGAAUGGCGAUUUUGCGGCAAAUGGCAAAAAUUGUGGUUAUUUGCAAUGGUGGAGGCGUCGAUUUGAUUUAUUAUGAGAAGGGUGUGAAUUGAAGGAGUCAUCAUGGGGAAUUCUUGCAGCAGCGGGCAGGCUCACAAGGAUAAGGACAAUAUGUCCCAGAGGUCCGAAGAGUCUGGUAGCUACCAAGUCCGCGCGAGUUUACCAUCCGAAAAACAGCAGACUCUCCUCAACCACAUAACGCCCCAUUCUGGAGUGAUCCUCGAGCCCAGUACCGCCGGUCAACCUCCCCUUCAAACCCCCGCUCCACCGCCUACAGCACCAUCAACACUAACCGUCUCUGAAAGAAAACCCAACAUCUCCAAAGUCCUCAAAGGAGUAGCAGGGUCUAGCAUUUCUGCCGAUUCCAUGUCUCUGAGUUCGCCGCCAGGCACCCAAAGCCCCAAAGAUUUCGAUAAGCUAUCAGAUGGGCACGUUCCAAAGGAAGUCUCCAGUCUGUCCGAACAACUGCAAAAUUUAAUAAUGGGGCGAGUAUCUCAAGCCAAAACGGCAUCAAGAACGCGCAAAAUUGUCAUCUACGUGUGUGCUGCCGAUUCACAAGACUGUUAUGUGGAAAAGGGGGUCCUUCAUAAUAGCGUGUAUCCGGAAUUAAGGGCACAUUGCCGGUCGAAGGGUUACGAACUGCAUAUUGUAGACUUACACUGGAAGACUCUCUUAGAAAAACAACAAGACCACGAAUUUCCCGAGCUUUGCAUUGGAGAGCUUACUAGACAACUGGAAGUCGCGUAUAUCAUCCCGGUACUUUUCUUGAACAAUUCCCUAGGAACACCUCUCUUGCCCAUAACGAUAGAAAGCGCAGAUUUUAAAAUGGCAAUGGAAAGUGCUGAAAACCAAUCAGCUCAGACCCUCCUUUCUAAGUGGUACCAGAUCGACAGCGACGCCCAACCCCCCUGCUUCCGCCUCCAACCAAUCUCCUACCACAUCCCCGGAUUCAAGGAAACGUCCCCCGAAGAGCGCGAACGAGCUUUCGAAGAGUGGAGAAGCGAAAUUGAUAAGAUGCUCGCGGUUCUUAUCACAGUUUUCACGCAAGAACUCCGCGACACUUACUUAACAACAGUGGUGGAGCAAGAGGUUCACAACACGGUUUUCAUGAGUCAAGAGUUGGCCAAACGCUGUAUUUGGAUCAAUCGCGUUUACACACCCACGGCGAAAACUCCGGAUAAUUUGAGUCCCGGAGACGCCGAGCUUUACAGAAGACUUAAUACGCUACAGAAAGAUCUCAGAAACCAAUUAGCUGAAAAACAUAUUGUUAGGAUUCCGGUAAAGUACGUCGAAGGCGGAUUAAAUCCGGAAAUUCCGGAACAUGCGCAAUAUAUAGCUCAAGUGACUGCUCACUUACAAAAACAUCUCUCAGAAAUGAUGGAUUCGAUCAUUGAAGAACAUCAGGGUAAAACAAUGCUGAAACCGAGUUAUGGAAUCGAAGCUCCACUAUUCGAAGAACUGAACCAACAAACGAGCUUUUGCCAAAAGGCCGCACAAUGUAGUAUUAAUAGAGAAAAAACAAUUAACGAAAUUAAAACGUAUAUAAUCGGAGAAAAUCCUAUUCCUCUAGUAUUAUACGGACCCGGUGGUUGUGGCAAGACUACUCUGUUGGCACGAGUGGCCCAGUGUUGCCAACAGUGGUUGCCGGAGGCUUUCCUAAUUUUUAGAUUCAUCGGUAUCAGUGCCCAAUCAAGCACGAUAGAGCAAUUAUUAAGUUCAAUAACGAAUCAAUGUUCUAUUUUAACGUAUGGACAUAAAUGUUACUGUAUACAUAAUAUAGAAACUUAUGAAAAAAUCCUUCCAAAUCUCUUAGCAGCUAGUUGUCUUCAACGACCUUUGAUAAUAAUCCUCGACGGCAUAGACCAAGUCCGCAAUUACAGUUCCAAAUCGAUCGAAUGGCUUCCCACGAAACUACCCGAGAACAUCAAACUGGUGCUCUCUGUAUCAGAGGGCAGCGACGAGUUCCUCCAAAUCGGCAAGAAAAUCAACCAAAACACCUUCAUCAAGAUGCCUCUCCUGGGCGAAGCCGAGGCCAAGAACAUCCUCAUGUCCAGUGUCAUGCAAUACAAUCAUAGCGUUAAUUCUAAAAUACAAGACUGCGUUCUGAAGUCGGUACAAGAGUGCACUCUGCCGCUCUAUUCCAAAGUCCUCGCGUGGCAGACCUCCUGGUGGGCGGACAAAGAGCACAACAUCGUCCCCAAGGGACACGUCAACGACCAACUCAGUCUCAUGCUCGAGGAACUGGAGACGAUUUUAGGAGUCACUCAAGUCCAACACGCUCUUGCAAUAAUUACAAGCACCAAACACGGAGUCACCGACUCGGAAAUGAUCGAUUUACUGGCUUUUGAUGACAGUUUCCACAGCACGACCACUUACGUACCUUGGGCACCGGCUUGCUUGACGUGGUCGAGACUGAAUAAACAUUUAGCGCCGUUCCUGCAAUGGACUUUGACCGGAGGGGUUUUAGGGGUGCAGUGGAGAGAUAACAUGUUGAGACAAGCUGUGGCAGUUCGCUACAAGGAACACGCCAAGUGGGCCAACCAAAUGAUUUAUGAUUAUUAUACAGGCAAAUGGUGGACCAGCAGACCUGCGAGCGUUUUGGCGCGCCUGGUGUCCCAAGAGACGAUUCUGGGAAAAUGUUAUAACAGGCGGAAGUUGGACGAACUGCCGUUCCACUAUUAUCAAUUGAACGGGGAGAUUGAGAAUUCGCCGUACAUUGCGGACAUUACGUGGAUUUACGAGAAAGUUUGUGGCUCGAACUGCUACCAAAUUCUCGAGGACAUUAAUUUGCAAAAAAGUGUGAAGAAUGAAUUGACAUUAAUGUUGAGACAUUUUAUAGAAACCCACGCGAGCGUCCUCAAUUACGACGGUAGACAGUUUUAUUCGCACUUGUAUAAAUAUUUAGAAGAUAAAAUUAGACGUAAAGAGAUUAGUUUAGAAUCAAAUUCCACCCUAGCCCAAUUGUACAACGUGACGAAAAGCCCACCAGUUUUAUCACUCAUCCCCUUAAACACCGGUCAAGGCAAGGAAGGGGAUGACUCUGCGCCCGUUUUUCAGUAUUUCGAUUUGGUGACAAGACUACCGGAAACGGAUCAAUUUGUCGUUAGUGUAUCCACGAACAAGGAGGAAAUUUGCGUUUGGGACGUCAAAAAGUGUAGUCAAGUGCGCAUCUUGAAAGGCGUCCCACAUCCGACCAAUCUAAUUCCGAUCGACCAAUACAGAUGCAUAGUAUUGUGUAGGAGAGAGUUGAGGAUAUACAACCUAGACUCUGGUACUUUUAUGACCAAACUGAAAGGAGUCAUGAACCAAAAAAUGCCUUAUUUCGGGCUUCAUGACCAAAGCCAUUUGGUGGCGCUUAGCAGAAACCGGAUGUAUGUUAAUCUUAUGAACCUGGAGACUGGCGAUUGUGUUACCACAUUCAAGGCUGGGGAAGACCGCUUUCUCAAUUCCCUGCUGGUUUCGGGGGAUGGGAGAGUCCUUGUGUGUGGCGAUGAAACACAAAAACCGUUUCCUCUCCUAGUAUGGAACCUCCAAUCCAGAAAAUUAUUAUAUGACCUUAGAAUACCUCAUCACGAUUUUAUAACUUCAUUGUCGGCUAUCACUUACGAAGGUAGUUACGUAUGUUGUGUUUGUCACGAAAUAGACGAACCCAAUCCGAAUUUCAUCGUUGUGUAUGAUUUGCAAAGUGGUACUUUAUUUAAAAAAUGGAAACCUUCAUGUAAUACGGUUUCCUUAGAAAUUAGCUCACAAGGCGGCUGUGUCAUAUCCGGUCUCGAGGACGCUCGAAUACUCGUUUGGGACCUUAUCACUGGUAACUGUCGAUGGUCUUUAUGUGGCCACACCGCUCCGGUCUCCUCCCUUAAACUUGAUCCAACGGGAGGUUUGUGUUUGUCCACGGAUUCGGAAUGCAGAGACAGAUCCAUUCGGCUCUGGGAUCUCAAUAAAGGCAACUUGGUGUCUGUUUACACACCCACCAAGAACAUUGCUGCGUGCGAAUUGACAUCCAACGGUCACUACAUAGUUCUGGCUUUGGAAGGAGAGGAAGAAGUGACUAUUUUGAAGCUAACAGGACUGGGUUUGAACACGAACGAAGAAAAUGAAACGUACGGAGUGGCGGAAAACACUGGCAAAAUUUUUGAACUGAAGGAGAGUGAUGCGUGCUGACCGAAAUAGUUUAACUCUUUUCAAUUAUCACAGGAAUUGUUUAAAUGUAAUUAAGAAUUUUCCGAGUCGUGCUUAUUUGUCAUUGUUUUUUGGGCAAAAUACAUUUCGAUGGACUGUGCUGGUAGCAGAUCCAGACUACAACAUAUUUUUAUCCUUUUUAUAAGUUAUUUGGAUUGUUCCUGUCCUUGUACAUGUACCUUCUAUUUCUAUCAACUUUGCUUAAUUUACUUCACGGAAUGGACUGGUGUUUAAAAUUGUCAAGGGAAAUCGAGUCACUCCACUGCCAAAAUGUAAAGAAAAUCAUUAGACGGUUGCCAAAGUACGUAAUGCUUAUAUUUCGAGAUUACGGUUUUUGUAACGCCAAGACUUCGACUCUCACAAAAACGGUGACAAAAAAGCCGGCUCACCAAUGUUAUAGAGUAUUUUAAGCAAAGUCCUAUUGUUGCAAAGAUAUAUUCCCAUCUGGUAUGCGGAACAAUAUAAUUAAAAUAUUAUAUUUGUAUGUUGUGAUUCUUGUGUAAAAAUAAAUGUAAUAAACAAUGAAA